AGAGAAGAACUUUUUAUGCGAAUAAAUCAAUUUGAUUGGUUAUCAGUAAGCAUAGCAAGGAUGGAUCAAACAUCUAGGAAGCAACAAGGGACAUCUGUGCUGCUAAACACAACACUAGAGGAGGUGAAGAGCUCAACAGCAUUAUCUUCACCACCACCAUCUCCCAUGGCUCUACAGAAGUCAUCAAGUGUCAAACAAAACUGCCUCUGUUCACCAACCACCCACGCUGGAUCCUUUCGCUGCCGCUACCACAGGAACCCAAGCUUUACCCGCAGCUCAUCCGUCGGCUCUAAACUCUCUGAGAUCAGCUCCAAACUCUCGGAGUUUGAGCCCAAACCGUCCAGAAUGUGCGACCAACUCCACGCUUAAUAAGCUUCAUUCCUCCACCGGACAACCACGAACUCUGUUCUAUGAAAACAUGAUAUUUAACAUUGGCCUACGGUGAUUGUACUCGUUUCUGCUAAUAUUUGAGACCUUGAUCAAAAAUUGCUCACUCUUACUGUUCAUAAUUUGACACUAUUUACGAUUCGUGAUAUUGACUUUGGUGCAAUUGCUUAUUCUUGUUGAAUAA